AUGGGAAGCUGUUCUGGUCUGUGUUCAAAAAUUAUUGUGGAUAAACCUAUUAUACUUAACGUUUCGGAGAUUGAAGUUAUCGAAGGUGUCCUUAGUGAUGAAUAUUAUCAUCUAUCAGCGUAAAUGUCAUAACAAGUGGAGGAUAAACAGAUUUUGAGAUUGGAAACUGGUGCCAUAUAUGAAGGCGACCUAUUGAAUGGAGCCAGACAUGGGAAAGGAAAGCAAACUUGGCCAGACGGAUCUUAUUACAUAGGGGAUUUUAUAAAUGAUAAAGCUUAAGGAUAUGGAAAAUUAGUGAAUAUAUGCGGGAAUAUUUAUGAAGGACAAUGGUUGGAUGAUAAGGCCAAUGGAAUAGGGAAAUUUAUAAGCACUGAUGGAUCAUAUUAUGAAGGCGAAUGGCUAAAUGACAAACAACAUGGAUAAGGAAAGGAAUAAUGUUCAAAUGGCUCUUUCUAUGAAGGGGAGUUUUAUAAGGGUGCUCGACAUGGCAAGGGGAAGCUAGUUACCAUAGAUGGAUGUUAAUAUAUUGGAACAUUUGAAAAUGGAGUAAUCAGCGGAUAAGGUACAUAUAAAUGGGCAGAUGGAAAAACUUAUGAAGGAGAUUUUAAACAUGGACAACUCUGGGGCAAGGGAGUCAUGAAAUGGGAAGAUGAUCGAGAAUACACAGGGGAAUUCAAAGAAGAUAAAAGACAUGGCUUUGGAACUUACAAUUGGAGUGGCAGAAAAUACAUCGGAGAAUGGUUAAAUGGACAAUAGCACGGAAAGGGCGUCUAUAUUAGAGAAGAUGGAUAGCAAAGGGAAGGAGUCUGGCAGUAUGGAAUUAGAGUAAGGUGGAACGAUAAGUUAUAAACACAAUAAGAGUAUGAAACAACUCAAAACUGAAGUACUUAUUUUCUUUCUAUAAAUUAAACUUUAAUU